AUGUCCAAAGAAGCAAGCGCAACGGCCGACGAAGACCCGACGCCUCACCCGACCAUCCGCCUCCACAGCACAAAUACGAAUACAAACGUUGCAAUGACAGGCUAUACCGCGACCAACCCACUAGACAUCCACCAAUACCCCCCUCGACGGCGGAGUCUCCUCCUCAGCGAUAGCGAGAUCAGCGUUCUGGAUCUUGGUCCUAGUCUUGAGUUUGACGGGGAGGAGGGGACGCUCCGUCUACGCGAGGGGAAGCAUAGCCCGCGUGAUUGUUCGCGGGGUAGUCGGGCGGAAGAUGGGAAACGGGGGCAGGGGUCGUUGGCUGUGCCUGGGCGACAGGCUUCGGUGGAGGAGAGUGGUGGUGGUGGUGGUGCGGCUGUGAGGAUCAUUUCGUCGCCUUUGUUGUCGCCGUUACGGACGACGAAGGGGAAUAGUGUCAAGGUUAGGGAGUGGGGGUCGAAUGCGGAUAAGGGGGUCGAAGGGAAGAGGUUGGAAGAGGGGUGA